AUGGCUGUAUACUUGAAAAAACCCUUCAAAGACAGUCUGGAAGACAUAAAAGAACGAAUGAAAGAGAAAAGAAACCAGAAAUGGAUGAGGUUGGGUAAAAUUAACCAGAUCUCGAUUGCGAAGGGCAAAAUAGCAACCAACAGCUCCAUGCAAAUGAAGAGUAUCCAAGCAAAUAACAGAGCUCUAGCUCUGGCAUUGCAAGAAGAAAAGCUCAAACUGAGGGAAGCCCAAACUACCAUCCUUCAUUUAAGAGAAGAGUACCAAGGUCUGAAGGUUAAGAUGUUUGAUCUACAAAGGAAACUUAGGUUUGAGCAAGCACAAGGAUCUGUUGAGACUCGACUGUCAGCCUUGAAUGAGAUAAUUUCAAAAGUUUCUCGGAAUUUACUGGACUCUGUUGAUCUCCUUGGCUCAGUAAAGAAUUUGUGUUCCACAGAUGUAAACCAAAGAGCGUUUUCUUCAGUGCUUGAAAAUAAAUCUGGUGUCGCAGAACAAAUAUGUUUUGUAAAACCUUCUCCCUUUGCUAAUGGAGAUGACUGUGUACUUCAAAGUGAGAUGGAGGCUGAUAGUGGUGGAAAUAAGCUGGCUUAUUCUAUGUCAGAGAUCUGCCAGGAAUCUGAGAAUGCCAUUUCCUUAAUCAAAACAGUUCCUGACAAAGGGCAAACAUCUGAUUUCCAUCUGGAUAAUGAAGCAUCAGUGUUGGAAAAUGUUUCUUCAAGUGAAGAGGAUAGGCGAUUUGGUAAUAGGUUACCAAAAAGUGUGUCCACCAGGCGUCGCUAUUCAAAAAUAAGAACUCAUGAUGAACUCUGCACUGCUGUCUUGGACCAUUCAGAAACACCUCAUUCAACAAGAGAGCUUUCUAAACAGGAUGAAAUUAGACUUGAGGAAAGUCUAGAGAAAUGUACUGUAGAAAACAUAAAUUUGGAUAUUUCUCAGUUGAAUAAAAACAAGGCAGGUUCAGAGUUGGAGCUGAAGCUGGUAGAUUCUGCAGCUGCUCAGGUCAAUUCAGACAAGAUGCCUGAUUUUAAACAACAUGAACAUAAAAGCAGACAAUACUCUCAAGUAAAGAAAGAAAAGCAUCAGAAGGGAAAACUGGAAGGGACCAAAAAUAUAUCCAGACCAAGAUCAAAGAAAAGACAGGGCAAAGAAACUUCCAAAGAAAAGCUGGAUUUGUUGGGUGGCUCCAGCGAUGCUUAUGACUUUCAUUUUGAAGAGUGUGUUCAUGUUACGCCUUUUCGACAAAAUAAAGUGAAUGACACAGACACUGGUGUGGAUAACAAAGAAGAUUUACCCGAUAACACUGAAUCGAGCAAUACUGAAGAAGAUUCAGAUGAUAGCCUCUAUGUACCUUAUACGAAUAAAUCAAAAAACCAGAAAAGUUCAGUGGGUAAAAAAGAUACCUCACCAAUCCAUGCAAGACCAAGAUCUAAAAGAUGCCUGGCACAGCGUGAGCAGACACUGCAAAAUGAAAAAGGAACUAAAAGCAGUAAAUCAAAUGACAAGUCUAUUAGGCAGUCUUUUGAACCAUCUCGUGGACUUUGUGACGUUACCAACACUGUUUCAUCACUCCUCACUGGGAAUGUACUUGUCCCAGAAGGUGAAGAAUCUCCAGCUCCAAAACGCAAGAGAAGCUGUACUCUUACUGUGAGCUAUAAAGAACCAAAUAUUGCAGUGAAGCUUAGGAGAGGAGAUCCAUUUACAGACACACAUUUUCUGAAUUCUCCAAUUUUCAAGCAGAAAAAAGAUGCUAAACGCCAUUCUGUUAAAAGAAAAAAUCUGUCAAAAUACAACGAGAAAUUUGUUGGUUGUCGUUGA